GUUUCCGGAGAUUAUGGAAGAUAUGGACCUUCUGUCUGAACUUUAUUUAGAUGGGACUGCUAUAAGGGAGCUGCCAAUAUCAAUGAACCGCUUGAGUGGCCUUACUUUAUUGGACCUAAGAGAUUGCAAGGACCUUUUAAUCCUUCCCAAUUUCAUUUGCAGUUUGACAUCUCUGAAGGUUCUGAAUAUCUCAGGCUGCUCACAAGUUCAAAAACUUCCAGAAACACUUGAGAGCUUGAAACAAUUGGAGAAAUUUGACGCAUGUAGAACUGCUAUAAGAGAAGCACCUUCAUCAAUUCUACUUCUGAAUAACAUUAAAACACUAUGUUUCACCAGUUGUAAUGGUGUGCCAUUGCAUAAAUCUCUCUAUAGUGGUUCUAGAUCCAUCAACUUUCAGUUGCCUAAUUCAUUCUCUGGCUUAAGCUCGUUGACAUCAUUAAAUCUAAGUAAAUGCAACCUACAAGCAAUCCCUGAAGAUAUUCAUCAUCUGUCCUCACUCCAGGGUUUAGAUUUGAGUAAGAACAACUUCAUUUGCCUACCUAGAAGCAUCUCUAAGCUUUCUAAACUUAAACUAGUUCGUUUGAAUAAGUGUAGAAAGCUACAAUCAUUGCCAAAACUUCCAAAAAGUAUACAAUAUGUACAAGCAUAUGGUUGUCCCAAGUUGCAUGACCAAACAAUAAUAUGGGCAUCAAAUAAUGGAUUCAGUUUCAUUGAUUCUCGUAAAUUACUGAAGGUUCGUCGUGCUGCUGUAUUCCAUGAUCUUCCACUGCCUGAAGAGUUUAUUCCUAUAAUCUUACAGCCAUUUAUUCAGGAAAUUAUUUAUCAUGGAAUGAACUUGGAAAUCUGUUUUCCUUAUACAAGAAUUCCUGAAUGGAUAAGUGAUUGGAUUGAUGAAUCUUCUAUAAGCAUUGAUGUUCCUCUUCAAGAUUAUAGCCAAACAUGGAUGGGAAUUGCCAUUUUUGCCGUUUUCAAAGUCAUGGAACACAACAACUUCAAUGAAUAUUGGUAUUCAAAAGAGACUGUAUGUGAAUUUUCCAUUGGUGACUGUUGUGUCGGAAGAUUUGUCAUAGAAAGCUUAAAAAAAUUUGGGGUUGGAUCAUAUGUUCUUUGUAUCUAUGUACCCCAAAAGAUGUUUGCCAAACGAUUGAAACAAUUGAUCUGUGUAAGUCAUAUUCAAGCUUCGGUUUUGACAGAUAGACCAGAUGUGGAGGUGAAAAUGUGUGGGAAGCAUGUAGUAUACUGCAAAGAUGUGCCAGAGUUUACUCAAAACUUAGUUCAGACAUCUAAAGAGCACCAGCGACUUUCCUCUUUCGAACAUUACAUGUACUUGCUAAACCUGGCAAGAAGAGGAGAAAGUUCACUUGAUAGCAAAAAACUUCAUCAAUCCAAUAGAUAUCCCAUUCCCAGAUAUGAAGGCUUUACAACAACUCAUCUUACCUCCCAAGUAAGAAUAAGUCUGCGAAGCUUGCUGUCAAGAAUAUUCUUUAAGGGAUCAUGCUAUGCACGUAAUGAGUCUCUGGUUGUUCAUUUUCCUGUGCAAGCAUAUGUAUCAAGUUGGCUAUUCCAUCAAAGUCUUGGUCGCGUUGUAGUUUGCUACCUUCCAAGAAACUUAUUUGACGACAAGUCAUGGGUAGGAUUUUGUAUAUAUGUUGGACUCAAAAUGCAUCCAUCUUAUCUGCAUAAUAUUAAUUUGGAUCUAGAAAGUCAUCAUAAAUAUCUCUUUGUUGACUUGUACUCCCAUGGAAAUAUUACAUCAUAUAUAACAACAAUGUCUAGUUUCCCCAUCCUUCAGAAAUCACAUCAAACUGUUUUAUUUCACAUACCACGAGUGAAAUUCAAAGAAGAGAUGAAUCAAUGUUGGGGAGUAAGUGCCUUGUCUUGGACCAGUAUCCCACAUGUGGAGGUCGAAAUAUGUGGGAUCCGACUAAUAUAUGAGCAUGAUUUAGAAAAUGAAGUUGAAGUGAUAAUUGACAUUAGCUUAAGCGGUCCAGAUGAUGAAUGCAGACACCAACUAAAUUACCAAAGUUUAAGUGAACUGGUGGAAGGUUUGGUUGGUAAAAUUGAGUGUGGCGAGCAGAAGACGAGGAAAGAAGAAAUGUCUAUCCAUUCUGGUUACUCCUCUGAAAGGAAGUACAAAUCUUUGCAGGAAAACAAGUGUUUGUUAAGUAUGGCUCAGCCAGUAGACAAACAAGUUUUUACUGCAUAUGAACAAUUUUCUGUUCCAAGUGAUCCAAUAAUCCUCCACUCUAUGAAUGCUCUUUUUGAGUCUUCACAUGAAAUGAAUGCUUCAAUAGAUUCAAUGAUUCCAUUCGCUCAUUUACAAAUAAUGGCGGAGACUCCAUUGUACACAAAUAAUUUGGAAAUGUGGAAAGCUAAUCUGGAGGAUUCACUUAAGCAAUAUUGCUGCUCUAAAUUCUACAUCACUCUCAGUCUCAGAGGACAUAUCAUUUCUGCUUUGAAGCCUUUUAUCCCUUCCACAACAUACAAUUUAUGCUUCCCUCGAAAGGAAACUCUGAGAUGGUUUAAACAGUUUAAUCAUUCUGAUACACAAAGGCUAGUGAUCAGGUUACCUCAGAAUCUGAUUACUGAUAUAAAAUGGAGGGGGCUUGCUGUAUGUGUUGCUUUUUCAGUAGAUGAUCAUCAAAGUGAAAUCCAUGAGAUUGAGGACCUGGAUAUCUCUUUCAGAGUCCUCUGUCAUUUGAAUACGGCUCAAGGACGUUGUUUGAAUUCUGCACCAUCGUUUAGAAUCAGUAAAGACAAAUUCAAGUGGUUAUAUGUAGGUGGGUUCAUUUGGCUAACUUAUGUGCCCCAUUGGUUGUUGCUUGGAGAGUUGAAUGAGCAAAGCUCCUUGGAGGUUAAUAUCUACAAUGAGUGCCCAGGUGUGAUAACUCAGAGCCUAGAUGCAGUUCUCUUGUACCAGCAAGAUGUGGAAGAAUUUAGACAAUCAAUAGCUCAAUGUAUGACAUCAUUUUUUAGCAAUUUGGAUUUAAUCCAACAAUAUAUUGACGAUGAAAAUACAAAUCCAUCUCAUGCUUAAGACAGAAAUGAAUGAGGAUGGCAAACAAGAAAAUCUGACAGAACUCACAUUCUCAGGGGAAAAAAAAACUGGACUAGAUAUUUUUACAGACUCCAUGCUCGUAAGGCUGUCUUAUAUAUCAAUGGAUGACUGCACUGUCAGUGAAGCUUCGUUUGCAAGUGAAAGAGGAAGCUUGUGGGCUCAGAACUGUGGUGUUAGUCUUUCAUACUUGCAUUAUGACCUCAUUGUCUGACCAGCAAGAUUCAGUCCCUAGACAAGAAAAGACUGCUAGGACACAGCAACCUCAAGCCAAAGGAUAAAGGUGUUUUACUUCUCAAGUUGGUUGGUUGAUACCCGGAGCUCCUUAGUUUGCUGAUUUUCUUUUCAUCAUGGUUAAAUGAGGACCUGACUGAUUCAUCAUGUAACUUGAACAUAUCUUGGCGUAACUCGUAAAACUAUUCUAGGUGUUUUGCUCCAUUUCUCAUUUUAAUAUGCAGGUUUUGCCAUGUAGAUAUAUCAAUUACAGUAAACUUAAUUCUGGCAGAACUAAAACUGCACUUGAGUUUGAAAACAAUUCACUUGAACUCUUUUAGCAAAAAGCUU